AUGUCUGAGAUGCAGAAUCAGUUCCAGCAAAAUUCCUCUGAAGAUUGUUCUAGGAGUGCUCAAUACCUUUCCUUUCCAUCAGGUCAGCACGAUUUAUCGUCAUCAGCACCUCAAAAUUUGCAACAAAUGUGGCAUCCACACCAAUUAGUUGCAGAAUAUCAAAAUAAGUUCAGCUGUCUUACAGUUGGUGCACAAUCCAAUUCUAAACCAGUAGUUCUAAACCAAUGGCCUGACUCACAAGAUGGUAACCACAUGUCUAACAAUAUUUCACACGACCAGCAUCUCCAUGUGGAUUUUCAUCAAAGAAUAUCAGGAAAGGAUGAAGCUCAUUACAAUAACUUAUCAUCAUAUGUAUCUAUGAGCCAAGUUGUUGCUCCUAGAGGCGCAGCUGAUCCACCAGACUCAGGAAGUGAUCUCAAAAAUGCGCACAAAAAUGAACAAAGGUGGCUCUUAUUUCUACUUCAUGCGCGACGAUGUUCUGCUCCUGAAGGACGAUGCCAAGAACGCUGUUGUUCUAGUGCACAGAAUUUAUGCAAGCACAUAGAUGGAUGCACCCUAGGUCGUCAUUAUCCAUACCCGCAUUGUCAUCAUAAUAGGGUAUUGCUUCGUCAUUUCAUGCACUGCAAGGAUCCGUGUUGCCCUGUUUGUGUUUUUGUAAAAAAUUACCGGUGCACAUUUCAACUUAAAGCUCAGAUUCAGCCAGAAUCUCAAUCAAGUUUUCAAAGUGUGGUAAAUGGAUCGUGUAAAUCUUACAAUAUUACAGCUAUGUCAUCCAGAUUGAUCUCAAAUCCUACAUUAGUUGUGGAAACUUCAGAAGGCUUGCACCCAUCUCUAAAACGCAUAAAAAAAACUGAGCUGCACACUAAUACAAACGCUAGCAAUCAACACAAGACUAAGCUUGGUGGGAAAGUUGAAACUUCAAAACGGAAAUUUAUCUAA